AUAAAACCUGCGCAUGAUCAAUUGCAACAGCCCAUGGCGGAAAACGAGCCUAUAUAUUCACACACAAAACUUUCCACACUUAGACGCCGAUGAAUUCCGCCUCGGCCAUUCUCACUAACAAUAAUGAUCGUUACUUUGUGCCUUUCAAGCCCGACGGGAGUCGGUCAAUGCAUUUUCGACUAGCCUUUGAACCAGGUGACCUUACGGACACGAUCCAAGAAUACCGUCAAUGGGAGAAAGCAUUGGUACAGGACGAAUGGCCGUAUUAUUUCGGUGCGAAAAGGAGCCACGAAGAACAGGUAGUUGCGCUUGAACUGGCGGCGUUACCUGUGAAAGAUUCUCCGCAUCACACCGUCUACAUGACAGAAUUCGAUGAAUUCAUGGCCAAUCGACGACGCCAAACCCAAAAUGAAGCCAAAAAAGAAAACUAUCCCCACUCUCAUCAUCAUCAAGAAAAGCGCAAGAAGAGCACAAAAGCAUGGAUACCAAAAUUGCGAGAACACGAUAUUCCCUUGGACCAACUAGAUCUGGCCAAUGUACCAAAGUCCUGGAAGGACAUCAUUCGCGUGGACGAAUCUAGAAUAAGACAUGGCGGCAAAGGUGUUUUUGCCACACGACGCUUACCUGCGCACACACCUCUGGGAUUCUACUUUGGCGUCCCUAUGACCGAAGAUGAAUUUGAUUCUAUGAAAGAAGACGUAGGCCGCGCGAGUGAAUAUUCCAUGAUGUAUCGAAAAACAGUGCUGGACGCUACCAAUGCGGAGGGCCAACCUUAUACCGAUCCAAAUGGGGACAUUUUCUGUCCUUUCCAUUUUAUCAAUGGAGCGAGCGAGACGGAACCGAACGUUGCAUUCACUGAAGGAACGAUAGCCAAUCAGAUGGUGUGUUGGACUAAAAAAGAGAUCAGAGCUGGCGAGGAAUUGCUGAUAUGAAUAUCCCCACAUGUAUUUACUUUGAUAUUGCGACAAUGUUAUUUCCCACUUCUUUACCCUAUAUCAAAUGAGAAAACCACAAAUAACAUUAUUAUGUAUUUGUCUCUCUUCUGCAUGUAUUUCUGAAAGAAGAAGCUUGGAUCUUGACAACGCGUGAAACGCGGUUGACUGCAGACAGCCCAUAAAAAAUUUACCAGUCACUCCACCACGCGCUU